GUUUUGUUCGUGCAUUUUACCAAAAAGGGAAGUCGUUUGAACAGAUUAUGGCAGUCGCCCAGAAGGUGUUUUGUGUUGGAUGACAACAUCAACCCUGAUAUCAAAGAAAUUGUGAAUGUUGCUUUACAAAUCGCGGAUGAGAGAGUUUUGAUAUGUCGAAGUGGUGUAUUGCUAUUACAACAAGAAGGGACAAACUUUGACGAGUUUUGUAAUCGAUGCUCUUUAUUUCUCGAAUUCAACGACUCGACGUCGAACUCUAUAUUAUGUGAUAACAUCAAGACGUUCACACAAGCUAUUCAAAACCACGACUUCAAUCAGAUGAUUCAAUGUACUUAUAUCGCGUUACACUCAAUUAUAGGACCUGCGUAUCAUAUGAUGAUAGCCUUUGUACAAAUACACACUGUGCUUGGGAAAAUCAUAUUGCUGACAUAUCGAGAACAACACACGAAAUCAUAUUGGAUGACUGUGCAGAGAGUCGACAGGUACUUCCAAAGGUUUAUUGGAUGGGUGCAGUUACACGGCGUUUUAGAGGGAAAGCAAUACGAGAAAAGCUUCUCUGAUAUCAUCACCAACAUCAACACACAAAUUUCGAAGAGAAGACUCCACUCCCACGACUUGAAAAACUUUGUCAAACAGUUUGGACUGAUUUUACACGAACUUUUUAUUAAGAUCACAUUUACACUUGAUGACUUGUUGGGGAUGAACGAAAGAAAUCAGUUGGUCACGGGGAUGAAGAAACUGUUUCCUUUAAUUUUGGAAUCGGACCAAUUUGUCAAUUACAUGCACGAGAACAACUUGGCUCAUAUGGUUAACCCAUUGGAACCAUUUAACGCGUGCCAUACGCUUCUUCAAAGUUCGCCCAAUGAAAUGGAUGGGAAAACACUCAAAUUGGUUAAAAACCACUUGAAAAAGUUGUCCGAGUCGUUGUCGUGUAUCUUUAGAUCAUUUAAUGUACCUUCAUUGUCUGUGAAUACUUGUGUGGACAACACUAUAAAAAGUUUACAAGACGAAAACAUCACGGAAAGUUAUCACAACUUCACGGAGUUCAGAAGAUAUAUGAGACUCUACCCAAGAAUGUCUUUACUUGUCAAUACAUUCUAUGCGAUCUUCGACGAUACUGUUACUACACACGUGCAAUUAACGACUUUAUUCAACUCAUUAAAUUCAAUUCAAAUUUCUCUCGCAAAACCACUGACUCCAACGAACUUUGUGAAGAAGAGAGAGCGCUCUCGUUCAGACCCGUUGACACCACCAAUUAGCCCAAAAUUGCAAAAGAGUGGGACGUCAAUGGAGAACGACACCAACAGCUUUUCAUUCACAAAUACAAUUGAUAAACUCGAAGAAUUCAAAGACUCGUUUAACGCGCUCUGUUAUUCACAUUUGAACUUUUGUGGGUACUUUGUGCAGACUAUAUUAAAUGCAGUGAAUAUGAUACGAGGGUUGGACGAUACACGUGACACCUCCGUCGAUAAAUUUUCGGAAGUGUUGGGAAAGAUCUUUACAUUAGGUGAGAACAUCGCUUGGGUAUCUUCACCGUCGAAAUUGUGUUUGGUAAAGUACUUUGGAUAUACCGGCGCACAGUUUAAAGCGCUCAUUUCGCAAAUUAAAGAGUACCUCCAGACGGUAUUUAAGGAUCUCCCAGAUGUGGUACCAAAGACACUCAUUCAUGCAGUAAAGGAAUUUGCACUGAAAACUAUCCAGCAACUGUUAUUUGCAUUUUCAUUCAAUUUGGACGUUGUGGGAUACUUACACAACAAAAUCAUUAAAACGCAGAACUACGCGUCGGGAGACGCACAUAUCACAAUCCACCCAACAGCAGUCAAAGUCAUAUUAGAGACUGUUGGCGAGAAAAUAGGGAAAGCCGUGUAUGAUAUAUUGAUGUACUCACCAAAUUCGAAGAUUGAGAUACCCGUGCGGUACGUUUUGAAUGUGCAAAAGACGAUGAUAGAUACCGGGAAAGGGAAAUUACAUAAAAUGGUGACGAACAUCUCAUCUGGACUGAUGACGGACCAAAUAGCGCUGAAGUCUAUUGUGAAUAAAGUGCAUAUCCUCGUCGCGAUAUUUGUUCAAUGCUCACCAACAGAAGAGAACCUCGAGAUGAUUCAAAACUACUAUCACUCUGCUUUCAAGCAAAUGAAAGGGUGUCAAUUAGUUGAUGAAAGAAGAGGAGAGAAGGUGCGAAGUAUUGUUCAAUUGGUCUAUUCUCACAUUUCAAAGAACCCCAAUGUCAUGAGCGAUGUCAAGAAUGAGACGUUAGAAAUACUCAGUCUUGCUAUAUGGCUUUGUUACUUCUGGAAAGGGUACCAAAAUGUUAUUGAGAGUAACGUUGCCUUCCAAAUCGUCUUGACGAAGUUGCGAUUUUUGUUUGAUGUGCUCACAGAAGCCGAAUUUAUCAAGGAAAAUCGGGAGAAGGUGUUAAAAGUGCUCAAAGUGAUAUCACUGAAACUGGCGUUGAUGAAAGAUCAUCCGAUGACAAAGAAAGACUUUGUGUUGGUGUCGAGAGAUCUUGUGGAAGUCCUCUGUCCAUUGUUUACAUGUAUUAUUGUGAAACAGACAACUUUGUUGUCUAACACUGAUGAGUCGCUUGUUGUUCUCCAAGAGAUAGCGACAAACACGGAUAUGGAGAGGGCUUUCCAACUCUCUGUGACCUUCAUGUCAAAGUUAUUGCUCCAUAUAGCUAUGUUUGUCUCCGAAUUCCGACAAGAGAACGACCAAAUCAUCAAAUUUUGUGAAGAGAGAGUUACUAAUUGCCUGAUCUCAUCAACCAUAUUGACCAAUUUUGUACAGACUUUAUCGAAUACAGAUAACCAUACACAUCGCUCACACAAAGUCAUGUCUAUUAUUAAUCGAAUUAUAGAGAACUCAGUCAUGAUGCAUAAGUUCAGAGUGUUAAGAAAGAAGAGAAACAUUACAGCCUUCCCAAUGACUUUCAAGCCACUGACUCUCCCAAAGCCAAAGAACAAUUUCAAAGUCUCGCCAUUCUUCAACGAAUUGAUCAACGCACUCAACAAAGGCAAUGCAAAGGCGUUGUUCGACGCAAUCAAAAACUUUGUGGAGGCAAAUCCGUACGCUUCAAUAACGUUUGAGGAGUUGGUACAAUACGAAGACGACUCGACUAAGAUUGACAAAUGCAUCAAAAGAGUCGAACUUAUGUCACUCUUCAAUCGAAUCAUUUGUUGGGUGCUUAUGAUUUCACACAACUUCGUUAACUCAGAUGAUGUCCCACUCAUAUGUCUUGAAUUCGACUCAUUCAUGGACUGCUCAGAGACGGUAGCUCAUUCAAAAUAA